AAGAUCCAACGGUAAGUCAAAACAACAAUUGCAACAAUCAAAUAAGAAAUAAAUGUCCCCUUCUCUUCUCUGCUCUCAUUCUCAUUCCUCAUAAUUCUUAAUCUCUUAUACCCUCUUUUCUUUGGCUAUUUCCUCAAUAUUCCCAGAAAACACUCACACUUUCACUUAUAAAAUACUCUAAAUAAUCAAUCUUUCACACCCAAUACAUUUGCAGCUCUACUUCCCAUGUCCCCUAAACUUACUCCUCUUUACCCAAUCUCUCUCAUGGAAGAACCCAUCUCAGAAAUCGACCCAAUUCAACCCGACCCACUUCUCAAACCCGGCGCAUUUAUCGACCCAAACCCAUCUUCAAAUGGGAAGAAAUCAUCCAAGCGCAAGUCUACCUCCACCGUUGAUUCUGCUGCGUUGGACACCUCUCAGCCGUCUGAUCAAAAGAAUGGAGUAACUUCUAAUGGAAAGAAAUCAUCAUCAACCGUUGAUCCUGAUUCUGCUUCGGUGGACGCAUCUCAGCCGUCUGAUCAAAAGGGUGAAAUUCCGGCGACUCCUAGACCUGAUUGGUUGCCUUCUGGGUGGACUUUUGUUGAACGUGUUAGGGCUUCUGGUGCUUCUGCUGGUUCUCGUGAUAAGUAUUAUGUCGAUCCAGUGACACAACGUCGGUUCAGGUCAAAGAAAGAGGUGCUUUACUUUAUCGAAACAGGAAUGAUGAAGAAGAAAAAGAAUGAUUCUGAUGCUGAUGCUACGCCUGGGACUGACUCUGCUGCAACCCCAAAGCGGAAGAAAUUCGAAACAAAGGCAAAAGAUUCUUUGAAGAACUUCAAUUUUGAUGAUGUUCCAGCGAAGGUUAAAUGGGAGUUGACAGAUAUCUAUGAAGGGACUUGGAGGCCGUUAAGUAACGGCGUCGAUCGAGUUCCUGAAUCUUCUAAGCAAGAAUGGAGUGCAGCCUUUACAUACCUUACAUUACAAAAUGCUGGCAGAGCAACAUUCAUCUGAGACUUGUUUUUUUCUUGGUUGUGGGAUUUCAACACAUACUAACAAACCACAGUAGUGAACCAUGUUCAUAUAGUAUCUUUCUUAUUGCUUUUAUUUUUGGGGAUGAAUAUAUGUGAAUAACAUUUUGUGGUUCAUGGUUCUUUUGACAUACUAGGACAAGUUAGUUUAAAAACUAACUAGUUAGUUUCCUUUUGUAGUUUUAUUUUAACUUUGUAAUUUUGAGUUUGGCUCAUUUUGGAUACCUGUUUUUCUAUAUCUUUAUGGAUUUACGGGGCCCUUUAUUAUUUGCUCUUAUGCAAGCUUACAUUUUACUA